AUGAAGGAUGUUGCCGCUAAGUUACUACUGACGCCAAUCGCUCCUCCCUCGGCCCUCCCCACCGUGAUUACCCAUGCUCCCGGCCCCAACGCUGAGGGUAUGCUCAUCACUCCCUCGUCGAAACGUUCGAUGACAGGGCAAACAGCAGCUUUGCUGAACGCUGCCGCCGCUGCUCCUGCUGCUGCCGUCCCAGCUACCCAGCCCCCCACCCCCACUGCCACUCCCGCUCCCGCAUCGACGCCAGGCUCCGCUGCCGCUCUUGCUCCCGCUUUGUCGCCCCUGAAAGCCGCGGCUAGCAAGACGGAGUCGGGCGCCGCUGGAGUCCGUCGUCUCGAUGGCAACAUCAGCGCGGUCGCAGCACGGGUCGAGGAAGUCGCCGCUUCAGUUGGGGAUGACCUCCGUGCCCUCAAGGGCGACCUCGCGAUCAUGCGCACCGGCUACCAUGAGGCUAUUGCUGACGCGGUUGCUGCCGCCGCCGCCUCUCUCGGUGCUGCCGCCUUCAACCCCGCCUCCUGCCCUGUCUUGGCACAGCUUAUCGACGCGAACAAUAACACUGUCGAAGCUGUCGAAGGUCUACGCUCGCAGCUCGGACCUCUCGCCAGCCAGGUCGAGAAGGUGGUCACCUCCGUUGCCGUCCUCGUUGCCGCGCCUCCUGCAGCGUUGGAGCAGGGUGCGAAACGCGCUGCCCCCUCGGACGGUUUCACCAACGACGGCAUCUCGCUCCCGGUGGUGAAGAAGAUCGCCAUCAGGAGCAGCACGGUCUCCCUCCCCGUCGCUCCACCUCCCGCGCCCUACAACCACCACGUACUGCCCACGGCCCCCGCCGCGAUGUUGAUGGCGGCCCCUGCCCCGGCUGCUGCCCCGGCUGCUCACUCCCCUGCCGCCCCAACCCCCGCCGUCAUGCAUGCCCCAGCGGUCCACGUCCCCGCUGGGGUGGUCCCUGUCGUCAUUGGUGACCUCAAGUGGGGCCGGGACAUCUCCGGUCAAGUCCGGUCCCUGCUGCGCCUAGCUCCGUACGCCACGACCAUUGCGGCCGAUGGCAUCAAGGGGCUUCAGGCCCAACGCUGCCCGGCCAACAAGAGCCAGGUUCUCGUCACCUUCCCGCACAACCUGCACGCGGCGCAGGCGGUCAAUGCGUGGGCUGCCGCCCCUGCCCCCACCUUCGAGGCCGUCACCGUUGCGUUCCAAGGAGCUGCUCCGGCUCUGCCGGGAAACUGA